AUGGACGCUGAUGUACCAAAUAAUGAUGCUUCUGAUGAUGAUUUUGAAAAUCUUCUGAACGCCAGUUCUUUGAAAAUCAUAUCCUACUCUAGUGUUCGAGUAAAUGAAGUGUGGAUCUAUAUCAAAUUCGAGGAAUUUGAAUCGCAUGGAAGGAUUCACAAGGAUACUAGUAUAUCACAAUUUUGGGAGGACAAUGCCCUAAG